AUGAACAACAAUGGUGAAGAAUUUGUAGCAGCAUCCAAUCAGGGUGAAACAAGAGGGCACCCAAGCUGUAUCAGCGUACACGCAGGCGAUGUUCCAACACUGACAUCCACAGGGGGAGAUGGAUCACAGUCGAGACCCACAAAGAAGCGCCGUAGAAAUGAGAUUUCAGCAGCAGAGAAAUUUGAUUCCCAACGAAGACGCCACUGGAUUGCACUCGAUGACAAAGUCCAACAAACGGGUUUGAUAAACUCAAAGGUCGCUCUAUUGUACAACGAGAUUGCCAGACUAUUUCUGGAAGAAGCACGACUUGACGAAGCUAUGGAGCUCUUCGAGAAGAGACUGGAAAUCGAGAAGAAGCUCUUUUCACGCAAGGACCAUCCGAACGUGGCAUCUACAUAUCAUAACAUCGGGUCUGUCUUGCGGAGUCAAGGCAAAUACGAAGAGGCAAUGGAGCUAUUCCAAAAGGCGCGUGCCAUAUAUAAGCAGGUCGAUGGGCCAAUGCACACGUCAACCGCAGCAGCAGCUACAGGUCAUGAAAUUGGAACCGUGUUGGAAUAUCAAGGCAAAUACGACGAAGCCUUUCAGCAAUUUCAGAUUGUGCGCGAUGUAUAUUUGAAAGAAUUUGGACUAGAGCAUUCCUCAACGGCGGCAACGUAUCACUCUAUUGGACACGUCUUGUGCAACCAAGGCAAGUAUGAUGAAGCAAAGGUGCAGUACAAGGAGGCAAUAAAGAUGAAAUUGAAGGUGCACGGGCCGGAACAUCCUUCUACUGCGUCAUCCUAUCACUGUUUUGGAAACGUUUUGAGCGAUCAAGGCAAACACGAGGAGGCCAUGAAACAAUACGAAAAGGUUCUCGCGAUAAAGUUGAAGACACUGGGACCAAAUCAUCCUUCGACUGCCGACACGUAUCACUGCAUCGCUAAUGUGUUGUGCAAUCAGCACACAUAUGUGGAGGCAAUGGAGAAAUAUCAACAGGCGCUUGCGAUCUUUUUGAAGGUUCACGGACCGGUGCAUUCGUCCACAGCGGCAUCGUACCAUUGCUUUGCAGUCGUCCUGUGUAAGAUGGGCAACUACACGGAUGCCCUGCAGAAAUACGAAAGGGCGCUUGAGAUCAAGAUGAAGGUGUAUGGUCCGGAGCAUCCUUCCACCGCGUCGACCAUCCAUUGCAUUGCCAACGUUUUGAGCGAGCAAGGCAAGAAUGAGGAAGCCAUGGGGCACUACGAAAAGGUACUUGCGAUCAAGUUGAAGACACUAGGACCAGUGCAUGCCUCUACUGCUUCGACGUAUCAUUGUAUUGCGAAUAUCUUGUAUUAUCAACACAAAUAUGGGGAGGCAAUGAAGCACUACCAGAAGGCGCUUGAGAUCAAAUUGAAGGCACUUGGACGGAAUCACUCUUCCACGGUUGCUACAUCUGACUGUAUUCGCGAAUUGUCAAGGACAAGCAGAAUAUACAACGGCACCAUUAUGAAUAAAAAGAUACAUGACAGUGGGAUCACAAAAUAUUCAAGGAAAAGUCCAGUGGUGGUGUCCACAGAGAUACAGCCCACUUCUUUAUCCGCAAGCCAUCCCAUUCCUACGGUGCCAACCAGCAGUCCUUUACCACCGCUAGUGCAAGAACAGAAGGCAUCAUUGGAAUGA